UCUGGUAACUAGACGUAACACAUGCUUACCGGAUGGAUUGCACAGAGAGCACCCAUUGGAAACACAUUACAACGCGAAAGGUUAAAUCCGGUUUAAGAGCUGAGGUCUACCCGUAUUAAGACACUCACCACACACUCAUUCUACGAUGACGCUCAAACAGGAGGCCUACUUUUCCCUACCAGCCCUACCAUGGAUGAUUGUCAUAGCAACCGGAAUGUACAUUUUGUUUGGUUCGGCAUUUUGGCCCUCCAUUGUUCCGUAUGCUUACUUGGGACCAGUUGGGUCCCUCGCUAAAUAUCUGAAGGACGAGUAUCCAGCGUUUCUUGUUUUUCUUGCGGUAUCGACUGUGAUUGUCCAUUUCGGCGAAGCACUGUACUGCAUGAAGAUGUGUGGGCGAAAGAACAUCAGUGAUUCUUACAGGGUCUUGUGGUUUCUCUCGACUAUGGCAUUCGGAGGGGCUUCUCUUAAGAAACUUAGCAAGUACAAACAAGGUGCUAGUGCUACAAAGUUACAGGAUUAGAUUUGUGAGCACAUGAAACAGUUUAGGUUUAAUGUUUGGAAACACAGGGGAAUACAGUCAAACACCUUUAUAAACAAGGUCCUUGGGACUUUA